AAAAUUAUGACUUCUGCAACUUAUCUCGUUACUGGUGGUACUGGUUUUGUAGGAUCUAGAAUCCUUCUUCAAUUAUUAGAACAAGGUUUUAAAGUCAAGACUUCUGUCAGAAGUUUGUCUAAAGAAGAUCAAUUACGUAAGUCGCUUGUAUUGUCAUCUGAAAAGGGUUUAACUAAAGCAACUGUUGAUGCUAAUUUAUCACUCUUUGUUGCUAAUUUAACUUCUGAUGAUGGCUGGGAAGAAAAUUUCAAAGAUGUGACUUAUGUCCUUCACGUGGCAUCUCCUUUCCCUGCAGUUAUACCAAAAGAUCCUCAGGAAUUGAUUAAACCUGCUGUAGAAGGUACUUUAAGAGUUUUAAAAUGGGCUAAAGCAACUCCAACUGUCAAACGUGUUGUUAUAACCUCAUCUUUUGCAGCCGUUGGUUACGGACAAUCUCCUACCAGAACUGAGCCUUUUACUGAAAAUGAUUGGACUGAUAUUAAUGGAGUUGAUAGACCAUACAUACAUCUGAAAGUUUUAGCUGAACGUGCAGCUUGGAAUUUUAUAGAUAAUGAAAAACCUCAUUUUGAUUUAGCAGUCUUAAAUCCAGCUUACAUCUUCGGACCAACAUUGAAGGAAGGUACUGCUGAUUCGACCUCAAUUGCCCUUAUUGCCAACUUAUUAAAUGGAUCAUUAAAGGAAGUUCCUUCUAUGUACAUUUCCUUGAUUGAUAUUAGAGAUGUUGCAAAGCUUCAUAUCGAUGCCGCUACUAAUCCAAAAGCUGGGGGUCAAAGAUUUGUUCUUACUACAGGUGAAAGUACUCCUUACUUGCAGCUUGCAAAUAUUCUUCGUGAGAACUUGCCUGCGGACAAGACAUCCAAGAUUCCUACUAAAGAAGUAGAAUCUCCUAAGGAUUAUUUUAAGCCAGUCUCCAGUCAAAAGGCAGAGGAGACUUUCAAUUGGACUCCAAUUCCAACAAAAGAAGUAUUGUUAGCAUCAGCCAAAAGUAUUUUUGAAGAACAAGGUCUUUAGUAUAGUAGAGUUAUUGGGUAUAUAGGUUGAGGUAUAUUUGAAUUGGUAUUUAAAGAGUAGAGACAUUAAUUAAAUAUAUGGUUUCAUACAUUUGAACUUCUUAGUAAAAGAUAGAGUUUGGUUUGCAGGGUCAUGUUGUGAUUUUGGAGAAUAUUAUGUAUUAAACAUUUUUAUUUUUAAACUCGGAAAUAUUGAGCUACAUAUCAAUUUCCCGAUUAUUUUGGUGGAU